UCUCAAAAAAAAAAAAAAAACCGAAAAAAACCCCCGUGAAUUGGAGUGGACGAGGGGCGGCGUCACCCCUCUGCCGGCAGCAGGCGGAUCGCCGAAAGAGGGAAGGAUAGAAAACUAGAGAGAGAGGCGGAGAGAGAGGAAAACAUUUCUCCCGAUCUGAUCCCGCCAUAGUUUUUCCCACUCUUCUGCCAUAGACCCAUCAUCAGAAUACACCCAGUCCAACCCACCUCCUCCACAGCGCGAUAGAGGCUAUAGGCUGCUGCUUUAUUCGUCUGUUGGGGCCGGCUGCAAGUCAGGGGAUUUCAUUUCUUCUCCUGCUCCACUUAUUCAACUGGAUUUACAGCAAUAUUCAACCUUACCACCUGAUUAUACUUUUUUACAUUUUUUUUUAUUUGAAUUUGUGAUCGUGAAUUCAAAUUUAUUUCGUACUUUUGUCCUCUAGCGUGAUUUACACUUUCUGUUUGAGUGGCAAGUGUGACAAUAUCUUGUUGCGCUAUUAGCACAUUCAGCAGAAACUUUUUGCUGGCUCCAAUCUUAGUUAUUUUGGGCUUUAUUUUUUGUUUUCUUUUUUGGGCUCGGGAAAACAAUUUCCACAAUGCACAAGCUAUACAUUGGGAAUCUAGGCGAAAGCGUGACUGCCGAGGACUUAGGAAAAACCUUUGACGAACACAAGAUCCCAUACACCGGACAGUUUCUAAUGAAAACCGGCUAUGCGUUUGUGGAUUGUCCGGACGAUCACUGGGCCAUGAAGGCUAUCGAGACAUUUUCUGGUAAAGUGGAACUUCAUGGGAAACGUAUUGAGGUCGAGCACUCCGUCCCCAAGAAGCAAAGAACCAGGAAACUCCAGAUCAGAAACAUUCCACCUCACCUGCAGUGGGAGGUGCUGGAUGGACUCUUGGGCCAGUGUGGAACCGUAGAAAACUGUGAACAAGUCAACACAGAUAGUGAGACCGCAGUGGUUAAUGUUACCUAUGCAACCCGGGAACAAGCCAGGCAAGCCAUCCAGAAGCUGAACGGAUACCAGUUUGAAAACAAUGCCCUGCGUGUCUCCUACAUCCCCGAUGAAACCUCUGAACUGGAGGGAGGCCAGCGGGGGCCUGAUAAUGGCCGGCGACCUGGCUACGGGCCCCGGGGCGGGCCCCGCGGUGGGUCCCCGAAUUCUGGGAUGCCCUCCAAACCUCCACAUGCCGACAUCCCUCUGAGACUGCUGGUGCCCACACAGUACGUCGGCGCAAUCAUUGGCAAGGAAGGAGCCACCAUUCGUAACAUCACAAAGCAGACACAGAGCAAGAUUGAUGUCCACCGCAAGGAGAAUGCGGGUGCUGCUGAGAAGCCCAUCAGCAUUCACUCUACCCCUGAGGGCUGCUCAGCAGCCUGUCGCAUGAUCCUGGACAUUAUGCACCAGGAGGCCAAAGACACUAAGACUGCUGAUGAGGUCCCUCUGAAGAUCAUGGCUCACAACAACUUUGUUGGCCGGCUGAUUGGGAAAGAGGGACGCAACCUGAAGAAAAUUGAGCAGGACACGGAUACCAAGAUCACCAUUUCCCCUCUCCAGGACCUGACGCUGUAUAAUCCAGAGAGAACCAUCACAGUUAAAGGCUCCAUCGAAGCCUGCUGUCAGGCUGAGGUGGAGAUCAUGAAGAAGGUCAGAGAGGCUUACGAGAACGACAUCGCAGCGAUGAAUCAACAGACACAUCUGAUCCCUGGCCUUAACCUGGGUGCUCUGGGCCUUUUCCCUUCUUCCUCCAAUAUGCCCCCCCCACCGCCUGGAAAUGCAGUUGGUGGCACCCCCUAUGGCUGCUUUGGGGCUCCAGAACAGGAGACGGUCCAUGUUUACAUCCCAGCACAGGCGGUGGGAGCAAUCAUUGGAAAGAAAGGACAGCACAUCAAACAGCUGAGCCGCUUUGCUGGAGCCUCCAUUAAGAUCGCACCAGCUGAAUCUCCAGACUCCAAAAUGAGGAUGGUGAUUGUGACAGGACCCCCUGAGGCUCAGUUUAAGGCUCAGGGCAGAAUCUAUGGCAAACUGAAGGAAGAGAACUUCUUUGGGCCAAAGGAAGAGGUCAAACUUGAGACUCACAUCAAGAUGGCAGCUGCUGCUGCAGGAAGAGUGAUUGGCAAGGGAGGCAAGACGGUGAACGAGCUGCAAAACCUGACAGCAGCUGAGGUGGUGGUUCCCAGAGAACAGACACCUGAUGAAAACGACCAGGUCAUCGUCAAGAUCAAUGGGCAUUUCUAUGCUAGCCAGCUGGCCCAGAGAAAGAUCAGAGACAUUCUGACCCAGGUCAAACAGACGCAGAAAGGUGGAGUUGGCAUGAGCCCUGGCCCUCACUCGCCGGGCUUCACAGAGAUGGGCAGACCUACGCAGGGACUGACUCAGGACCACCAGCCACGCAGGAAGUGAGGGGUCCCUGCACCCUUCUCACAUGCCGCGGGCCCCCUGCCUGACGGAAGGACAGACAGACAAAUGCACGACCGGAUAGACGGACGGAUACAUGAGAGCGACACACGGACCCAGCGAGAGACAGGGAGAGAUAUAAAGAGGGAGAGAGUACGCCCAAUAAUCACAGAGAAAGACAAAGAACAAAGACGAAUGAAAUCAAAAAGAUGAAACAAAUAAUAAAAAGAGGAUUAAGAAAAAAGAAACAGAACAGAGACCAGUUUCCAGGCCAGAAGAGAAACUGAGUGAGGAUGGUGGGAUGAAGGUAAGGAGGAACAUGGAGGGAGAGAGAGAGAGGGUCUAGUUUCCUCCUAGUGUGCCUCGGUAUGGCUGCAGCCAGCUCCUCAUCUGCUCUAACUUUAUGGGAUCCCACCCAGAUAAGUCGAAACAACAUGGCCGACUUUAUUCUCCAUGUAUGGAUGAAACAACGUUAUGGUGGGUUCCGAUUUAUAGCAGAUCUGCAUUUCCCAGGCACACUAGCAGGUGCCCUCUUGUCCUAUCGCCUCCAAGAGACCUCUCCAACCAUCUGCAGUCAGUCCUAUAUUUUAAAGGUGGUUUUUUUUUUAACAUAGAGAUAUAUGUAUAGAAAUGUUUUAUUCAGAGCUAUUAUUAAUAGAAUGCAGUGAGGCGGAGCUGGGAGAAGGAACAGGGGAACUGCUGUAGUGGCACAGGAGGAUAGGUGCGGGGUUUGGCACCGGCCUCGCCCGCCCCUAACCUAUUGGCCAAAUGAGAGCGCAGAAGAGGGGCCGCAGAUGUUAACACUGCUCUUUUAAAACCUUUCAGGAUAGUAGAGAGAUUAGAAGGAAAAAAGAGAAAAUAUGAGGUUGUAAAUAUAUAAUCUUCAUGUAAAUGUAAAAAAAAAAAAAAAAAAAAAAAGCUGCGCCUGGCCGCCUUGCCUUUCUCUUUAAAAAAAAAAAAAAAAUCGAGGACGUCUUCUCUAUUUUACUUAGUCCCUUGCCUGUACUGUGUAGCAUCAUUUAGCCUACAAUAAGGCUGGGGGCUGGGGAGGCACUGAAGAUGCCCUUCCAUGUUUAGCUAUGUGGCGGAAGGCGCAGCAAGAGACAGUAAUGGGAGUGGAGGUCGCAGCUGGUCCUGCAGUUAUAUUGCAGCGGCUUAGCUCACGUGUUAGACUAAAAAAACAAAAACAAAAACCAAACAGCUGCCAGCAGCUGUGCUCGCUGGCGAGCGGCCUGCACCCCAAACGGCAUAUUUUAUAUAUAUUAUAUAUAUAUGAUAUGUGAGUUAGCCCGGCCCCUGGUGUGAAUGUAUUGACGGCAGGUGUGAGGCUUUGCUUAACAAGUAUGAGUAAGUGUGUCAGCGACAGACAUUCUGCUCAUUACGUUGUGCAGAAAGUCGAGGUCAGUCUCAGACGGAGAGUGGGGUGCUUCAGCCAUCCCUGCGUUCUUUUUGUUCUCUUAAAUAAAAAUGCCUUUAAUGUCUGCAGUGAUGAAGGCAGUCCGAGGCUGACCUUGGUCAAGCACAAAAAGCAAAGUCUUCCAAAACUCCUUGCCUUGAGCUCAGCAAUGGUAAUAUCGUUACGAAAGGGAGCAGCUUCCUCGUUCUCUCUCCCUGUCUGCUGAAGGCCUGUGGGCGGAGCCUCCAGACCCUGCCUGCGUAUGAUAAUGAGGGGCGGGGUCGAUGCUUGGACGCUCUCGCCAAGAUUAGAACAGAUUAGAGAAGAAAUGAAAAAGAAAAAACCUACCUCAGGGUAAAGUUACCUCAGUAUUCUUUUUUUUUUUUUUUUGCUUGCUGGUCUUCUAUAUAAUAGGAAAAAAAUUGCUGAGAGUCCUGAAUAUUUUUUUAUUUUUUUAAGAAAAAGUUUGUUUUUUUUUCUUUUUAGGUAUUGAGUUAUGGCUUUGGUAGUUUUUUUUCCUUUUUUUGUGUUUUCUGGUGUGAUGGUUGAAUGAGUUCAGGAUGACAAAGAUGCUGUUUUCUUUUUUCCUAAGUGGAGAGAGAUCGGUCUGCUGGUGUAGAGAAGAAACGGGUCCCAUUUUUCCAUCUUUUCGGGGGAAACAUGCUCUGUCUUCCUGACUUGUGCGUGGAGCCUCUGUAGUCUGAAACAGAGAUGGCCAAAAGGGAGUUGUGUUUAACUCGAGAGAGGAUCCUCAAGUGCACAUGGUGACCAAGCUCGCCACCGGGGUAAUCGGUUAACCUUUGUGUCAUACCCCGUUCCUGUGGCUUCUGGCCUACCGUGUGCCCUGAAAUACCCUCCUCUCCUCAUCUUAUUUUGACGACAUUGCCACGAAGCGCCAAACAUUAUGAGACGGCUUUACAGACCUGCAAUAUUGGCAUAUGAAAAUGAGACCUUUCUCACCUGGAGGUUGGGAAUUUAAAUAUUAGCGGUCCACCUACAGAGUAGCUGUACUAUGUCGGGUGUUCUACUUACACACAGGAACUAGCUCUGACUUCUCUGAAUGUGAAUAUUUAUUACCUGUGCACCGACCGUGCCACCUCAGAUGCUCCCUGUUGGCUACACGUGUGCUUGUUGUGUGUGUAUGUGUGAAUGCAGGCGCGUCUGUGUUCGCUGGUUUUAAAUGUUCCUUUUUUUAAAGUCAGGGGAUGUGGUUGGGUGAUGUGGUUAAGGAAAAAAUAAGCAGAUAAAAGUAGGAUGAGAACCCAGUGGAGAAAAUCCACAAAUCUUUUAGAGGAAAAAGAUGGGAGCUACAGCAACGCAGCUGGGAUAAGAUUCUAACCUGUACAUAACAUGUUCGAAAUGUGAUCUCUAACCUUUUGUACUUUUGGAGAAAAAAACCUUAAAAAUUAAAGUGGGAAAGAACCAUCAGACAGAAAGGUUGCGCUUAGCCAAGUUGCCGAAGGACACUGCCAAAUAACUGUCUUUUUAAUGUCUUACCUGUGCUUGGUACAAGCUUAAUCGGCUACCCCACCAGCUCAUCAACAAACAGGGAAAAAUCUAUUCCACCUUGUCUGCGCUUGUAUUUUUGCCCAGAGGCGCUAACGUCACAGCUCGACUCUGUUAAGUUUCCACCUCUUUCUAAAUCACAGCGCUCCGUUCACAACCACCAAGAUGCUAUUCAGGAUUCAUCCCUCAGCCUGCGGGCUUUUGGAGUGGUUAGAACGACAUUUUUUAUUUUUCAUUCUUAUUUAGUACAGCAAGCUUUGUUUGGAAGUGACAUCUGGGGACGUACUGUUGCACUAAUCGAUUAAACAUUUCAGCAAACAACGGAAACAACUGAGAACAUCUGAUGCAAAUCUAAAAAAACAAAAACAGUGGAGGGUGAGGGGAGGAGUCAGAGUAUUCUCCUUUCUUGCUCUUCACACCACGUUUUCAUGCUUUGUCGUUGCUCUUCUGUCCUCUGGUAGAAGAGUGAUUUUGGAGUGGGCGGGAAUGUAAGGGUCCCUUGCCCUCUCUUGCGCUGGUCUCCAUUGUGUUCGUUUUGCUCGCUUCUGUUCAAAAACUUUUUAUUUUUUAUUUUUCCCAGAAUCCACACUCUGAGUCUUUAUUGGAAAAUAGUUGAAUUUCACCCCAUCUUAUUGUUUAGCUUUUUUAAUGCAGAAAUCUACUGCUACUUAAUGAGACGAAGUACUAACAUGUAGCUCAGUAUGUCACAAUGACUGUGCCAAACAAACAGGAAGGGGCGGAGUCCAAAAUGCAGUAUAGAGCCACGUUAAGCAAAUGAGCUCGCUGAGAAGGACUUGAAAUAUUUUAGAAGUCAGGUGAAGUUUCACCUGAACCCUUCUUGUCUCGUUACAGAGAUGACAGUACAGUUUAAACCGAGGUGCGCCCGUGCUGCUCGCCACGCCCGCUCUGUAAGUAAGAAUGUAGAAAGAAUGGCUCACACAAAUUGCAGCUGGAGACAGAGACAAAAAUCAUUUAUUUCUUCAUUUUCAUCUGGUUUUCCUCUCUGUUCUGUUUUUUUUUUUUUUUUUUUAAAUUGCAAUUUGAGUGAUUGAGCUAAUAAGUUGUAUCAGCUAGUGGACAGAGUUUGGUAGUGAGAGGUGCCACGUGGUAUAAAAACAUCAGUAUCAUUGCCAGCACGCUAACAUUUGAGUUAAAACCGACACGGUUUCUAACAUUGUUUAAAGGACCAUACGAGCGUUUCAGACAUGUUUACCUUUUUGCUUGUGUGCUUAUUAUGGCUGACCAUUGUUUGACAACGUUUCCCCACUGGUUUCAUUUCACUUUAAUAUAGAGCUCCAAGAAGAAAGGCAAACCUACUGACAAACAGUUAUUUGGGGCAUCAAAAAACUUCCUCUCAUAAGUCUAAUAUUCAUAACAGUCCCUGUUAUUGUUAUGACUUCUGGGAGAAGGUUUAGCUGUUUGCACCAUCUUUCCCCGUCUCUUGAGCAAGUAGAUGGUGAAACCUCAUGUGGCUUGUAUGAAUUAGUCACUGAUGUCAUUUUGUAACCUAUAACAGAUUCAGCCCUAAUAUUGGUUCCAAAGUCACAUAUUUUCACAACUUACCAGAGCCAGAAUUUUGCUUUUGUUUCUACACGAUCACAAAGUUGACGCUGUGGGCCAAAAAACGAAAACUGUGAGCUGAAAGAAGCUAAAAUGCUCCUGGUGAUGAUUCUUGGCUGAGUUAUGGCUGUCGUACUUUAAACCCCGCAUGCUUUAGAACAGCGGUCCCCAACCUUUUUUGCGCCACGGACCGGUUUAUGGCCGACAAUAUUUUCGCGGACCGGCCUUUAAGGUGUCACGGAUAAAUACAACAAAAUAAAACUAGUACCGGUACCGAAA